AUGGCCUGCUGCGCUACCAGCUUCUGUGGGUUCCCCAGCUGCUCCACCAGCGGGAACUGCGGCCUUAAUUGCUGCCAGCCAAGCUGCUCCCAGUCUAGCUGCUGCCAGCCAACCUGUGGCCAGACCAGCUGCUGCCAGCCAACCUGUGGCCAGACCAGCUGCUGCCAGCCAACCUGUGGCCAGACCAGCUGCUGCCAGUCAAUCUGUGGCCAGACCAGCUGCUGCCAGUCCAGCUGCUGUAGGACUGGUUGUGGCCAGGAGGGAGGCAGUGGAGCCGUGAGCUGCCGCACCAGAUGGAGCCGCCCAGACUGCCGCGUCGAGGGCACCUGCCUGCCCCCCUGCUGCGUGGCGAGCAGCACACCCCCAACCUGCUGCCAGCUGCACCAUGCCCAGGCCUCCUGCUGCCGCCCGUCCUACUGUGGGCAGUCCUGCUGCCGCCCAGCCUGCUGCUGCCAGCCCACCUGCUGCCAGCCCACCUGCUCAGAACCCACCUGCUGCCAGCCCACCUGCUCUGAGCCCACUUGCUGCCAGCCUACCUGCUCUGAGCCUACCUGCUAA